AAUCAAACACACACACAUGAAGAUAUAAAACAAACUUUAGAUACAUAUGUGCGUGUGUGGUAUAGAGUUGAACUCGCACAAUGAAUUGUAACCACUGGUAAAUUAAGGUAUGAGGAGCUUGCUUAACAUGCUUCAUAUAGAGUACAGUGCUUUGUUUAGAGGGACGGACAGUACUUCCGGCUGGAAAUGUUGAUGACGUGAAUGUCAGAAUGAUGGGACUUACCCUGUCAUACUAAGAAGAAAAGGAACUUGGAUGACUUAUCAUGUCAAAAUCGGGAUUCUUUGGACUUGAGUCAAGAGAAGUUGUGAGGGUUAAAGUGAAGAAAUAUGAAAGUUUUCUGCAGCCAGAGUCAAAGAAAUUUUCAUUGGACCCACAAAUUACAUCAUUUGAAAUGCUUCAACACAUAAUAGCAAGUGCUUUCAAUAUAAGAGGAGAUUUUACUAUGAGUUACCUUGUUAGAGAUGACUAUGGACAGGAAAUCUACCUGAGUAUGCUGUCUGAUUGGGAUAUGGAUGCAGCCAUUCAAAGUGCUUCAGAUCCAUUUUUGCAGCUCAAAGUGGAUGCCAGACCAUUUGAAGAGGGAUUGGAUGACUGGGACAUUAUUGCUCCAGUAGAUGUGCCACAAUACAAAAUGUCCAGCUUCCUGGAACGUAAUAUUUUAGGCUCUUUGACUGGAACACUUUCAAGUGGAAUGGGAAAAACUCUUACACAUAUGCAAAGAGCAAUGGGUAAGAUUUAUUUUAAAAAUUUUAAAAGUAAUUGAAAUUUAGAUUGCUUUUCUAUUGUUAAUGUUCAAAAAAGGAUAUAUACAUGUAGGUAACAGGAAAAUAUAGAAAAUGAGUUUUUAAAACAGCUACAUUAUAUUAGAUUUUGACAGUUUUUAAAAAUAUACAAAUAAUUUUAAUUUAAAUGAACCUCAUUUUUCCAAAUCACAAGUCAUUCAAAACCUGUACUAAUGUAAAAGACACAGAAAGGAUCAAAUUUCCUAGACUAUAUAUACCAGUAUGGUACAAGUGACAACCCAUAUAACAUUGCUGUUUACAGUGUAUGUGCAGAUACCUGCCUCUAGUGCUAUAAAACUGAGAUGAGCUCAAUUUGAUCCCAGUCUCACUUUUUCGAAAGGGAUUAAUAGUGGAAAAGUGAGACUGAGAUCAAAAGUUAGCUCAUGUCAGUUUUAUGGCCAUAAUGAGCUACUCUCCCUUGUGUCAUUUUAAUUUACCACACCGUUGGGUAUCUGGCCUGCAUGUAUGAUAACAAACAGUAUUAUCCGUGGUAAGUACUACGUAUCAUUCCUGCUUCAUAAUAUUGUGAAUGCUUCAAACAGGAGACACCAAAUCAUGUCAGUGGAUACAUGUUGGAACAGAUUGAAAUUUGUGUCUUUUAAAUUAUUGUAUGCACUAGACAGGGACUAAAUUUUCAGCAAGAUCAUUCAUUGUGAAAAUUGUAGUUUAAUUAAAGAAAAAAAAAGCAAAAUAAAGUGAUG